AUGACUGGUUGGGGAGUUUGGACAAGUCCAUUUCCAAAGAUAUUGCUGUCAUCUACCGACCAUGGCAAGCUACAGGAGCUUGUACAGACAAUUCUUGACGCAAAUUUGAAGCGUUACUUGAAUUUUACUGGGGUCGAUCUAAAUUCAUGGAAACUCAUUAAAGGCAAGGACGAUAUGCAAGUGUACAGUAACCGACGCGAUCAACGUCAAUGGCCCCUUACUGUCCGAGUGGAUGACGACCGUGAGUUGCAGACUUUACUUUGUGUCGGUUCAUCGCCAGGCACAUUAAACGAAAUGAUGGACGGCGUCUCAAAGUCUGCAAAUGGUGUAAAAGACUUAAACAUCAACGACUCUAGCUCCGCUGCUGAACUUGUACGUAUUAAAGCGCCAAAUCCACUAGAACCAUUUGCAGGUGUUGCCAUCAAAUGGAUGGAGCUGGAUGUGCGUCGUCGGUCGAUGGGUAUGGUCAAAAAUCGAGACUUUGUGUACAUCGAGGCAACAGGCAUCAAGAAUUUGCCAAGUGGCGAAUCUCUGGGUUAUCAUAUCAUGCACUCUGUAGGAAUUCCAGGAGCAACUAUUUUGCCCGGACGCGUGCGUUCUGAGCUCUCGAUCUGCACGUUCUUUCGUCAAGUAAAUCAAAGUCUAUUCACACAUUCGCUUGCAAUUCUUGAGCCCAUGAGUGAACGAGUUCGCCAAUUUGUUGUUCCUCGCUUCAUCAAAAUGCUUCAAUCGACAUUCAGACCUACAUCCGAGUCAUCGAUGGAAAAGGUUAAAAGUUUUGCAAGAACCUUGAGUCAACGUCAUUCGGAGCAGAACGCGCAACGACUUUCAGGGUCUGACCAUUAUUGUGUCACUUGUUUCAAGCGUAGAGGGCGGAUGCAUAAACUUGCACGUCGCCAAAAUACGUGUAUAGUGUGCAGUGGAUCUAUUUGCAGUGCGUGUAAGAUUGAGAAGAAGCUUAAGGUGCCAAGUGUGGGCGCCAAAGUGACAACCAAAAAGUAUUCUUUUUCAGAGGAUUCGGACAAUGACAGCGAGUCCUAUCCCCAAAUACAUCAUUGGGCCUGGACAACGAAGCGACCGAGUUGGAGCACUUCUAAAAGUAGUGAUCCGACGGUCGAUUUCACUUCACCAAAAUUAAAUCUUUCCCCCACACUCAAAGCAGCCUCCACGUCGUCUGUAGCCCCAAUCUUCAUCAUCAUGCUGCGUCGUCUGACUUUCCGUUCCGUACCCUCAGUACGCAGCUUCGCUUCUGCCUCAGAGCUAUACAAGAACCCACGUAGCUCCAAGUUCAGCAUGACUAAAAUUGUGGCUACUGUUGGUCCGGCAUCUGAACAGCUCGAAAUGCUUCAGAAUCUUACGGAUGAGGGAUUGCGUAUCAUGCGCAUCAACUUUUCUCACGCCGAAUACGACGAGGCCUUACAGCGAAUCAAGAACCUUCGAGCUUGUCGUGGAGUGCAUGCUGAAGGGAUGGCUAAAUUUAAUCUCCGAGCAGUACUUCAUGAUACAAAAGGACCUGAAAUACGGACAGGUAAAGUGCGUGAUGGCAAGAAAAUCAAGUUAGAAAAGGGCAAGUCGGUGGUGGUAACGACUGACCCAGCUUUCGAGAAUCAAGGGACAGCAGACAAAUUCUUUGUUUCGUAUCAGAAAUUAUCGGAAACCGUUAAGGUGGGAGAUACGGUUUUGCUAUCGGACGGUUUGAUUCGUUUAACCUGCACUUCUGUGGGUAAAGGGGAAAUUACGUGUCAUAUUCACAAUACCGAAGAGAUCGGUAAUCGGAAGGGUGUAAACUUACCCGGUUUAGUUGUCGAGUUGCCCGCUUUGUCUGAGAAAGAUAAACGCGAUCUAGAUUGGGGGGUAAAACACGAUAUUGAUUUUAUCGCAGCUUCUUUUAUUCGUAAAGCCAGUGACGUGAUUGAGAUCCGUCGUUUUGUGGACGAAUGUGUCAAGAGACACUGGACCAGCCAUCCUAAUUAUAUUGCGCCGAAGAUUAUAUCGAAAAUUGAAAAUUUGGAAGGUGUUCAGAAUUUUGAGGAGAUUCUUGAAGCCUCAGACGGCAUUAUGUGUGCUCGGGGCGACUUGGGCGUCGAAGUUCCUGCUCAGAAAGUGUUAACGUAUCAAAAGAUGAUGGUUGAUCGCUGCAACGCUGUUGGUAAGCCCAUUAUCGUUGCCACGCAAAUGCUCGAGUCCAUGCAAAACAACCCACGACCUACUCGUGCCGAGGUGUCGGAUGUCGGUAACGCUGUAUUAGAUGGUGCUGACUGUGUUAUGCUCAGUGGUGAGUCGGCCCAGGGCAAGUACCCUGUCGAAUCUGUGGCUACUAUGAACACGGUCAUAAAGGAGGCAGAUGAGCUCCUUCUGAAUCCUACCUACCAGGCCAAGUUCCAAUUCGAUUCACCGACAUCAGACGUCGAGUCGGCUGUUUCUUCGGCUGUUAAAACUGCUAAUGAAAUGCAUGCUCAGCUCCUCAUUGUGCUCACGCGCACAGGUUACACGGCUCGCAAGGUGGCAAAGUAUAAACCAACGGUGCCGGUUAUGUGCUUUACAACGGAUUUAAAAGUUGGCCGACAGCUCCAAAUCCAUCGUGGGCUUUACCCUGUUGUCCCAGACAACGUCAACCGUGCUCCUACCACUGCAGAAGCUAUUUCCCACGCCAAGAAGAUGGGGUGGCUCUCGUCAGGUGACCGUGUCGUCGUCAUUAGUGGCGACAAGCUCUCGGACGAUCUUGGCCGGGAAAUUCUCAUUGGCGUUGCUGAUGUGCAGUAA